AUGGAUCGGAAAAGACGUCUAGCAUUGCUCCUAUUACUACGUCACCGCCGAAAUCGACGCAAGAUCACAAGACGAAUGAGUGUAUCCAGCUUCGAAUGUUUAUUGAAGUCCUUAGAACCACACAUACGAAAAAACUAUACUAAUAUGAGGAAUCCAGUGGAACCAGUAGAAAUGCUGGGAAUCACUUUAAGAUACCUAGGAAGUGGAAAUUCAAUAACUGAUUUACAUUUCAAAUUCAAACGGGGAAAAUCUACUAUUGCAUAUAUAAUACAAAGAGUUUGUCGUGCUAUAUGGACCAAUCUUCUUCGAGACAACAUCCCUGAACUGACAACUGAAAGUUUCCAAACAAUAGCGAGGGGUUUUGAUGUAAAGGCAAAUUUUCCUCAAUGUGUUGAGUGUCGAGAUAUUAAUUUUGUACUGAUCGCGGAAUUGGCGGUGCAAGAAAAUCUUGAAAGCCCUCUUAAA